UCAUCGCUGUUCGUCAUUGUUAUUUCAUUAAAGAAUAUAAUUCUAGCUGGCACAGUGACAGGCACUGCAGUAGUGACUGCACUGGGGUGACUCUUCCGUUGACGGGUGUGGACAAGAAUGCCAAUCGCCGCUUAGGCCUCCGUUAGCCUCGCGCUUUGCUCAAGCGGUGCCGGAGAAGUCCCGAAUGCCUGGCAAGCUUCGCCCUGACCACAGCGACCAGACCUUCAAGCGAGAUAUGCCAAGGGUUGUAGACCCUGUCUCAGAUCCGCCUUUUGUUCUGCCGUCUCACCCCGAUGCUCUUUAGGCCCACAGAACGAAAUGAAAAGUCCCCGAGAACUCGAAAAGAACAAACCGAGGGCGGGGGUCCCGGCCCUGCUCAUGUCCAUGCCCAGCUUGAUCCUCCAACCCCUCGCCAAGGAUAACCAACGAAUCAACUUUGAGGGCUAUCGGGCGCCCUCGAGAAUUCAGCUAUUUCGAAAGGAGGUGGGCAAUUCAUGGGCUUUCGGGUAUAGCCAUCUCUAUGACACAAGAUUUUCAGACUCGUCUAUUUCACCAGCAGGAUGAUGCAGGAAGCAAAACGACUUCAUUAAGUCAUUCUGAGCGGGAUUUCUGUUAAAACGACUUUCCCUCUUAUCUUGAGAGUUAGGAAAUGACUACCUCCGAUCGAUGUCUGCACCGGUCGCGGCCAAAACUUGGCGUCAGGGAAAUUUCAUCCGAAGCUUUCAACGCUUUCCCUGUCUCGUAUGGCUCUCUUAGGCCGAAGUCUGUUUUGAUUGGUGUAUUGAACCUCUCCUGAUAAAUAUUCUGAGAUUGGCUGUGGUCAGGCUCAUGUUGAAAUACUUCGCCAUAAACUCCUUGUGUUCUCCUCUAUGGUCCUUUUCAGAGGGCAUGACUUUUCUCUUUGCCGUUUAUAAAAUGGGCGUUGACCAUCUCCGAUUUCGGCCUUGCGUUUUCCCCUCAGAGGCUCAGGAAUUUGGCGGUGGUUUUUCUCCUCCCAGUGAAACAACCCUUUUUUAUGCAUGGAGAUAAUUGAGGCAGGGAUACCCGAAUUUUUACGAUCCUGGUUUGGCCACUUGAGGUCUCCUCCAGAGCUGAGCAUUUGCAGCUAAACGGACACAAAUCUCAACCCCUGUCCGAAGCGCAGUUCACACGUCGCAUAUACUGGCGAUAAUUACGUCUCACCCCUCCAGACACGACUUACAGGGGAUCAAAUGUUCAUAGACCUUUGAAGAGGACAACGACAAUCCCCAUCUUUCUAACACCAACCACUUUUGGCCACAACGAGGUAUCUUUUGGCUAGUGUGUUGAGUAGCAAAGUGACCCCAUGCUACUGCUCAAAGUGGUGCUUUUUGGACAGGUCCUGUAUCUCACGAGUCCAGGCCACCUCAUACAGAGCGGGAGAGCUCCUGUGACGUAUUUAGAUCAGAGAUCUCCAUGGAGGUGGACUUCCUGAACUGCCAGUCCUCGAGGCACCGGAUAUUUCCAAAUUUCCCUCCCACCCACCCCUAGGGCAACAGCUUUUGCAUUGUUGGUUUGCGUUGCCGCAAAAGGACGUCGUGCUCUUAGCUGGGUUAGCUGGCAACAGUGCCCUUGCAAAGCUUGCUCCACCAGGUUCUUUUUUUUAUUUCCACCUGUCAUUUGCUAGGUUGGCACCAGUUACUUAACCGCCUCCCCCACCUCUUGAG